AAGUAAAUUUUUGGAGGAAUUGGGAGGAGAGUGAGAUUAAAGAAUCAGACUGUGGAAUUGAAUUUUCUGAGAAGCCGGCAAUGGUUGCUGCUGCCGUUUCCGCAGCGGUAAAACCCAAACAGCUCGGAGGAGGGCUUCCGCUAAACCAAAACGCGCCGCGGCCUCCGCUGUUGACCUCCGACCCCGACAAUGCCAUCACUCCUUGUCGUAAAAAAUCCGGAAAGUUCUCCUCUCGUUAUAUGUCAACGUCCUCAUCAAAUUCUUCCUCGCCUCCCACCAAAAUCUGUCCUCUGACGUUAUUUUCGACGAGGACUUCUCAUUCGAAGGCCAUGACCACGACAAAACGCGCGACUCUAUUGGCUAGCAAGCGGUCGCAAGCAGUGGAGAGGAGACAUGCGGUGACGCCGCUGCCUAGUAAUUCUUUGGAUUUGAAAACUAGUAACGGUGACAACAGUAACAAAUGUGAUUUAUCCGUUUCGUCUCAUGGUGAGCCGUUUUCCUAUAAGUGUAGGAAAGCUAAACCAGCUCCAUCACCAAGCGCGGCAACGAAAGGGACGCCGGAGAGGUGGAAGACAACGGUAGCAACGACUCCACGGAAAGGAACAGAGCAAGCGGGAAUUUCAAAAGCGGAGCGGUGGCCGGCAAAGUUAAGGCUAUCAAAUUCGGUUACUAGUGGAAGCGUUGAUUGCACCGACGAGAGGAAGAGUUUUAACCGUUCUGUUAACGGCAAUGUAGUUAGGGCACUGCAGCUCUCCAUGACUGAUAAUAGAGAAAUAACAACCGUUACUCCCGUUAAAUCUAAGCCUCAAUAUGAUCUCGCGGCUUCUGAUACCGGAAGUGUUUCUUCUGGUAGUACUCCAGGAGCUCCAGAAAGUUCUUCCGUAGACGGUGAUGUUAAGCGUGGGCCUCGGGGAAUAAUGGUUUCGGCUCGGUCCUGGCAAGAUACUGCUAAUCGUUUAUGCCGGUCCGAUCCUGGUUAUCCGGUUCCUAAGAAAAAUACAGCACGUUCUAAGCAAAUUGUACGAGACAAGUACGGAACUGACAGUCCUUUGUCGUCUCCAAAAGGUGUAUCGAACAGCAGAGGCCAGUUAUGGUCAAUUCAUUGGCCAGUUCGGCCUGCAUCACCGAGUAAGCUUGGGUUGGGUGAUAAUUUGGUAAAUAGGCCAUCGAUUUUGAGCUUAGUUGGUGAUGCUAUUAAGAUUGGAGAGAACAAAGUUUCGGAUGCUCAUUUAUUGAGGUUACUCCAUAACCAUUUGUUGCAGUGGCGUUUUGUUAAUGCUAGAGCAGAUGCGACUCUGUCUUCCAAAAGGUCUAACACAGAGAAAAGCCUCCAUAAUGCUUGGACUACUACCUCAAAACUGCGAGAAUCUGUUAGAGCCAAAAGAAAUGAAUUACAAUUGCUGAGGCAAAAUUUGAAGCUGAUUUCCAUCCUCAAGGGGCAAAUGAUCUUUUUGGAUGAAUGGGCUGUCCUGGACCAUGAUUAUUGCAGUUAUUUGUCUGGGGCUAUCGAAGCUCUGACGGCAAGCACACUCCGCCUUCCAGUAGUUUGUGGGGCAAGAGCUGAUAUCCCAAAAUUGAAGGAAGCAAUAUUUUCAGCAGUUAAUGUAAUGCAGGCAAUAGCAUCCUCCAUAUGGUCAUUAUUAUCAAAGAGUUGUACCAGUAGUAAACGUGAUAUAGGCUUAGAUACCAAGGAAGCACGGGGACGGCAAACUUGUGCCGUUUCACGUACCGGAUACGUCCUCGGUACGGGGACGACAUGGGGAUGGAUGGGGUACAUACCGGGGACGUGCUACGGUGGCAGGGUACGGCUGAACGACGUCGGGGACGUUUCACCGAGUCUUAGGGACGUUUCGGGAAUGGCAUUUUCGACUUUUUCGACUUUUUCGACGUCAGAGGAGGUGGUGUCGAGGCUGUUGUUUGACUUGGCUAUUUCGGCUAAAAAACCAACUUUACAGAGAGGGAGGAAAGCAACCUUCAACUCCAAACUUUUGUUUGAUAAAAUCAGUGAAGAAAGAGGGGAAGCUUCAGAAGCAAAAAAGGAUGCUCUCCACUUAUCUGAGAGUUCGCAUAGACCUUAUGUAGAUGCUCGUUUUUGUCCGGGGCUAGAUCAGAGCAAACCCGAAGCAGAGCAAUUGAAGGCCCAACUCAAGCCCACGUGA